AUGAAUGCGGUUGAAGCACAUGAUCAUUACUUUGUGCAGAAAAGGGAUGCGGCAGGUGUGCUCGGUCUGAGUUGCUUCCAGAAAGUCACUGCCGCUCUUCGUAUGCUCACAUAUGGGGUUUCUGCUGAUGCUACAGAUGAGUACAUUCGCAUUGGCGAAAGCACUGCACUUGAGAGCCUACAUAAGUUCGUUACUGCAGUUGUACAAAUAUUUGAAGCCGAAUAUCUGAGAUACCCAAGUGAGGCUGACAUAGCACGCUUGCUAGCGGUCAAUGAGAAAAGUGGUUUUCCAGACAUGUUAGGGUCCAUCGAUUGUAUGCAUUGGGAAUGGAAGAAUUGUGCAAUGCAAUCACAGGGCCAGUACAAGGGGCAUACGAACAAGCCAACUAUCAUUUUAGAAGCUGUUGCAUCCAAUGAAGAAUUGUCCAUGCACGCUGCUUUCAGCACAGCACCAUGA